AUAACACUGGAAAUUUUAGUUUCGAUUUAAAUAACUUCCAUAUAUAUGGCCGCGCAUUUAUAAUGGAGCUUAUCCACUAUGGAUUUUUUGCAAUACUUGGACUUAACUGUCUUGUUUACGGGAAACGAAAAUUAGUUAAAACAUAUAACGACAACAUUAUUGUUGGAUACAGACAUAGUGAAAUGACUAAAGAUAGCAAGCAAUACUCAGUGCUUCCGAAAAUAUUUGGAGUGAAAUUUAAAUGUAUUCUUUAUAAUGAUACAGUUUGUGCACCAUGUGGUAAUGGAUACUAUUCAAGAAAAGGAUCUAAGUACUGUAAAAAAUGUAGAAGUUGUCCACAUGAUUACCAUGUGGUGAAAACAUGUACGGCUACCAGAAAUACUAAAUGCAAACAAUGCAAGGAAGGCAGAUAUUACUCGGAAUACAAAAUGAAAUGUAUGAAGUGUCAUGGAUGUAGACCGGGAUAUUACGUCAAGGCCAAAUGCUCGAAAACUUUAAAUACUCAAUGUAGACGUUGUCCUUAUGGUACAUUUACAGACAGUUAUGGGAUGAACAUGAAAUGUAAGCCUUGUAAGGCUUGUCAAUAUCUUGAGGACAUUAUAAAACCAUGUUCACGUAAAAACGAUAAUAUUUGUGGAAACUGUAAACAAGGAUAUUUUCGUCUGACGGCAACAUGGAAUUGUGGGAGAUGUUCCGAAUGUUAUAGAGACACACCUGACUAUACAGUCGAAGUUACAGAAUGUGCAAGAAAAAGUAAUGGUAGCAAUAGAGUGUGUUUACCUGUUGUCAACCCUCCUAUACCAUACAAUGAAACAGACUAUCAAUAUAUACCAGAAACCGAACACAUCAAAGGCCAAGCAGAUACAAUUUCUAUCGAUGAAAUCCAAUAUGAGCUGCCAGUCCUUCUAAAGGGUCUGAUAGGCGUUGCAUGUUUUAUAGUCUUUCUAGCGUUUUUGUCCAUUAUAAUUAUGUGUUGUGUUCAUCGUCAUAAAAUGAAGCUGAUAAAAAAAUCUCCUAUGAUCAAUAUGUCUAAACGGAGUAGUGUAAUCAACACAGAGAAUUGGAUAAACCAGCACACUAAUAUUGGUACAUCAUACAAAGCAAAUAGUGUUCCUUUCCUGUCGGGAUCUUGUCCAGAUUUUGAAUAUCGUAUUCGCUCAAAUACUUUUUCCAAUAACAUAUGUAACGAAAGCGAUGAUUUCGCACCACAGAAACAUUGUCUUACUGUUCAUGAUUCUAAUAUUUCAAAUACGUGGGACAAUAGUGAAAUUAUAGACAAAUAUGAUUCAAGCCUUGAAUUAUCCGAUAAAACAAAGGGUUCGUCGUCUUUUAAUGAUAUUAACAAUACAAUUAUAUUGUCUUCAGGUAAUGUACGCCCAAAAGAUACAAAUCAAAAUUAUAUUUAAGGGAUACUUGAUAAUUAUAUCAUUAAAU